CAUAGAACCCUACGGAAGCGGGAGUGACAGAUGUGUGGACUUUCCGCUCAUUCAUAGAAAAAGGAAAGAGAACUACCACAAAAGAGUGAAGGCCAGGUUUGCGGUGGGGGAGGGACGAGCACUAAGGGCGUUACUUCGUACCAAGCAGCAUAUAAUAAGCCUCGAGUUCUUCGUGAAUUUCAGUAGACUCUUACCUCCCAACCGAGAAUCAUCUCGUCCGUGUUCCAGUUUCGGAUAUAAUACAACAAUUUGUAACGUUGUUCAAAUUUAACAAAAAGUUAACUGGAAAUGUACACGCCAAUGUUUCAAAUGCACACCUCUGUUUGGCCCAGCGAAGUGAAAUCAAAUCAGGAGUACCUCAGCAAAGAUUCUUCUCAUCAGUUUUACGCAUUACCUGAAGAUCCACGAUCGUGGUCACGAGAAGAAGUGUUCGUGUGGCUAUUAAGCAUGCAAAAUCAACACAGUCUUCCCCCCAUAAGCAGUGAUCGCUUCCACAUGAAUGGCAAAGCAUUAUGUUUGAUGAACGUUGAAAUGUUCGUGCAGCGCGUUCCGCUCGGUGGCAAGCUGUUGUACAAGGACUUUCAAAUGCGACUUUCAUCCGCUCUAUACUCUUCGAAAAAUCUACUACCCCACCACACCCAGUAAAAGUUUUGUCAAUUUGAGAAUUCUUGUGUUGUUGG